AUGGAAAACAUAUUUGAAGUUCUUAAAACACAAGUAUCACUGGAGAAGACACUUAAUCAGAGGUUGGAUGAGUUUGAAGCGAGACUAGAGGGGUCAUCAAAGGACUUAAGCCUGAAGGACCUAAGUUCUGACUACAUCAACUUCAAGAAUUUUGUCUAUUCAACAUUUACAUUACUGCGGCAGCAAAUUAACCAUCUAAUUGUUAAUGUGGAUGCCAUUGAAAGCAGACACAGAAAGAAGUUUCUGCUGCUGGGAGGAGUGGUCGAGAAUACCAAUGACAAUGUUCGCGAAUUGGUAGCUUCAGUCAUCACGAAGAAUCUUGGUAUCAAAAAUUGUUCUAGUCAGUCGCUGCAGCAAAAUGUUGAUGUGACCGAGAACUCCUAG